AGCCAUCUGGGGCGCCGGGCUGGCAUGGAGGGGGGCGAUGGCUGCGGGGAGCAUCUCUUCUCGUUGGAGCUGCUGGUGGAGUCAGCGCGCGUGCAACCCCGGCUACUGCCGUCGCUGCUACCGGACAGCGGGCCCUUCCUGCCGUCUGUGGCUCUCCGGCUGCUGGAUUUCCCGACCCUCCUGGUCCACGCCCCGCGGGCCGCGUCCUGGCCAGUGGUACUCUUCGGGCGGGGCAAGUCGUGCCUCUUCAGGCUGCGGCCGGACGCUCUGAAGGGCCUCUUGCGGCGCUCUCCGCUCCACGCGCUGCUCCUGGCGCUGCCUCCCAACCAGGGUCCCGCCCGCCUGCUCGGGUCGUCCAGCAUCUCUUUGGCGGCCGCCGCCGAGGAAUUGUUGCCUGGCUCGGGGCCGGCGACUGGAAGGGGCCACUUCCCGGUGCGCGACCUGCUGGGAGAACCAGUGGGGGAACUGGCGCUGAGCUACCGUCUCAACAGCCUGGGCUCCUCGGGCCUAGAUCACUUCGAUCAAGGGGCGGCGGUGGACGAAACCCUCUCUGGAGACUGUCCGCGGAGGAGAACUGCGGAGCCAAGGCUCAGUCUGGAGUUCAUCUCGGAAGGAGAGGAGGAGCAGGACCCUGCCCCCAGCCGGGGGUCCUUAAGCAGCCCUGAUACCGACCCAGAGCUCUUUUCUGGUAGCUCAAGCGGAGAAGAAAUCGCAGGAGAGUUGGACAACAAUGCCUUUUAUCCCCCACCAAUGUAUUACAGUCAUCAAACAGAAAGUUGCUUCCCCAGCCCUAAAGCUGCAGCAAGAGUGAUAAUCAUGGCCGCUCAAGAUUCACUUCCCAAGGAAGGAACUUCUUUACCUUUUGUUAAGGAGGAGCCUGUAGUUAGUACUGAGAAGGCUCUGUCACCCUUACUCGGCAACAUACCAACACCAAGUUCUUCAGAACAGCUCAGGCAGACUUUAACUCAGUUGCCUCUACUGAAUGCUUUGCUGGUAGAACUCUCCUUGUUAAAUAGCCAGCCCCUACCACCAGGACCCUCUACUGUGCAUCCUCAGUUGGCAUGGCUAUAUCAAAAUGUAGAAGAUGGUACAAAAAUCUUACCCUGUAAUGGUAAGAAUCUGUGUGCCUGCUGGGAUGAUAAGAAGAACACCCCACAUCGCAAAGAAAGAGGAAGAUCACCUAGUCCUAAAUUAAAAAGAAAUCGCCCAGAUCAUUUAAAAUGCAUGUCUCCUAUCUGUUCUGGCAAAACCUGUACAAAACCACUAUACACUGACAGACCUGUGAGCCCCGAAAAAGUUAAUACCAAAGACAGUUCUCUCACUAGAAGGAAAAUCUCUAAUGGGAUGCAGAAUACAUUAAAGCUUCGUGUUCAGCGAUCCAGUCCAGGUAUGUUGAAGGUUCAUGAAAAGAGAGAACAUCGUCGUAAAAAACUUGGCGACAUAUCAUUUGAAAAAAAAGGUAAAAGCUCUUUGACUAAAGAAAAAAUAUUCAAGGGCUCCCUUGACUAUCAUCCAAAGUCUUCUGGGCAAUAUGAUGAAAAAAGUAUCUAUGAUCAAAAUGCUCAAAUUAAUGAAAAUGUUGAGACUUUAAUACAAAGCAGUGUUGGCCGAAAUAGCUCUAUGACCACAAAGAAAAUAAACUCUCGUAUUACCAAAAAAAUUGGAGCCAGUUGUAUGAAGAAUAAAGACAAUGACAAAAGGAAGUACUUGUAUGAAAAUGUUGAUUCUAAUUAUAAAGAAAAGAGCUUGGAAGUCCAUCUGCCAAGAGUCUUUUUACAGGACACUGAAGCCCUUGAAAAUCCAGUAGAUGCUGAGAUAGAAAAAUGUUUGCAACAUGAUUGUAACAUUCCAUAUAUAUAUAUAGAUAGACACACCAACAACUUGGAAAAGAGUCAUGCACGUCAGAAUUCAGAUAGUUUAGUAGUUACUUCUGAAAAUGCAGCCUAUUCAGAAGAUUUUACCAGUAUUGACAGUUGUGGUGAAAGCUUUGAAGCUCCAGAGAACAGUCCUGGACCUUUAUCUAUAAACUCAGAUCACAGUCAGUCAGGCAUGGACUCCAACUCUAAAAAUUCCAGAAGUCUUCCUGCUAAAUGUAUUUCACCUCUUCUUCCGAAGGUUUCAGCUAUAUCUCCUGUUCAGACUCGUAAAAAGACAUACAACUUAAAAUCUAACAAAAACAAAUUAGGCAUUGGAUUGAACAUAUUUGAUGAUGAUUCCCUUGCAAGAACUUUAAGAGACCAACUUGCAAUUCAUGAAAAGGAAAAAGUUACGCAGACUUUUGAGGACGAACGAAUACAGCCUGAUAAAAAGUGUAACAUGGUAAAAAGCCAGUCACCUCUAGAAAACAGCCAUUCUGCAAGGACAUCUCAAGUUAGUUCUUAUUUGCCCUCUAGUAUGUCUGACCUUGAAUUUAGUGGUCUAGAAGAAAGCAAAGCACCUGGCAACGAAAAAGAAGAUAGCUUCGGAAAGAUGAAUAAUACAAAUCAGUGUAAACAUAUCAGUGAAUUAGUAAUAAACAAGCUUCCAGGAUACACAAUGUAGCAAUUAAUAAUAAUGGUAAAAUCGAAGUGAAAAUGUUUUAAUGUUUAAUAAGAAAACAUUUUAAAGGAAUUUGGACUUUUUUUUUACAAUUGUAGGCUUUCCACAGUGUUUUUCAGAUUAAUGUACAACUCACACUGCAGCUCUCUGCAGCUGGUGGUUGUUUUUCUUUUCUUUCUUUCUUUUCCUUCUUUCCUUCCUUCCUUCCUUUCUUAGUUUUAGCUAUCUCCAAAUCUUCCACAUUCUGUGAUUAGCUGCAUCUGAAAUUCAAGGACAGUUUGAUGUAAAGGUUUUCUGUUCAUAUACAAAUCUGUUCUCAUUGAGCAUAGGAAUUUAGUGAUUUAGUGUGCUUAAAGUAAUUCUCCCAAUUUGUAAUUUGUCUUAAUUUUUCUUUCAAAAUGAUAAAAAUGAUAAAACAAAAAAUAAGUAAAGGUCACUAGAAAAGAAGUAAACUACAGUUGAUUAUAUACUACUUAAGACAAUAAUACUUAAGCAAACCAAUGUUCAUUUGCACUUUGGAAUUUAAGAGAGUUAUAAUUAUCAGUGAAGAAAAAAUUGUUCAGUAAAAUACAUACUUUAAAAAACAAGGUUUCCACAAAAACAAGCAGAACAUUUUCAGAACAUGAUUUGAAAAAUACUAUUACUUCAAUUGCAAUGCCCAGUUAUAUGUUAAUCUUAAUAUUUUUCCUAUAAUAAUCUAAUCUGUGGUCAUAACAUUAAUUUUAAGUUUUGCUUCAAAAGUUUUAAAUUUUAAAUCCAAACCUAAAGCUUCCUUUUUUUUGUUUGCACUUUGUCAUAAUCGUCAUGUCUUCAAAUUCCACCUAUUGUUAAUUUGUACAAUAUGUUGGGUGGGAGAAAUUGAAUCCUAUCUAUGGAAUGGUAUGUUGCAUAUACUUUUUAAAAAAAUGUAUGAACAUAGGCAUGCAUUCCCAAAAUAUAUGCUAGUAAUAUUUAACAUUUGAAAAUAUUUUUUAAAAAUAAUGAAAAACCCCUGAAUCAAAUAUAUUCAGUAGCUUUAAGGAAAAUUCAGUCAUUUUUCUUUUUUAUAGCAGGUGUAAAAAUGGCAUAGCAUAAUGGGUAGCCAAUAGUAGACAUGCAUUUGUGUCUGCUAGUGAUUAAAGAUGCAGGUUCAAGUUCCCAACUUAAUUGAGCCAACUUCCAGAAAACAUGGGAUUUAUACAUUAAUACUCUUGAUACAAGCCCUGUAUGCAGAUAAGCGCAUAUCCAACUAUAAAGUUACUAAAUGAAGUGUUUACUAGCUAUAUUAGUAAGUAAAGGAGAUCAAUUCAAUGCCAGUACUGUAAAGAAUGCUGGUGUUCUUAUAAAGAACUGGCUUUUUGGCCAGAAAUAUUUUUGAUAUAAAAAAAGAGAGAUAAACAUUUAUAGUAGAUAUUUUCGGGAUCAAGAUUUAAAAAAACAAUUUAGAAAAUUAGCUAGUUUACAACAUACAGUACUUAGGUAGUAAGAGGGUAAUAAUAUGAAUGUAUUGUUUAUAAUUCAUGCAAAAUAUUGUUCUUGUUUCUUUUGAAGAAUCUGCUACUGGUCCUAAAAAGUAGUAACAAAAGAUUUGAUCAAACUUUUGGUAAAAGCAAGUGACUCCUGCCCGUUAUCUUAGCCAGUUAGAGAUAGUGAAUCAUCAGAAAGUGUUUUCACUUGCAUGAUGCUAUAGACUUCCCUUAGCCAUCCUGGACAGCAAAUAUAAAGGGAUACUACUGGCUGAAAAGCUAUGUCCUUGUGAUUAUGGAGAGGUGGCAACUUCUGGACACAGCCUUCUUUGCUGCUCUUUUUAUACAGACGUUUGAGCAAAAUUUAUUUUCCAGAUAACUAACCUAACUGUUCGGACAUCAUUUAUCUUCAGUGGUUCUUUUAAAGACCAACAGAUUGUAGUCACAGCACAAGUAACUAGAUUCUGCACAGCAGCACUAAAAUUGGUUGGAAUCUGAUGAAUUAUAACCAUUUUAUUCAAUUAAUACACCUUUUUUAUUUUACCCCUGUUUAGUACCUAAUAACUGUAGGCCUUCGCAAUUUAAGGAAAAUAUUACAUUAUUAUGCUCUUGGUUGUAUGUAACUGUCAAAUUAUGAUUUCAAUAUUUUGUUAUUAUUUUAUUCCAGAAUGUUUAACUAGAUACUCAGAGCAUUUUUAAUUAUACUGGUCAUAGAUUUGCCUGACUAGUAAGAGCAAGAAUUGUACCGUAACACCUUGUAAUCUCUCACACCUUCCCAAUUAUUGCUCUGCUUUUGUUAUUUAAAAUAAAAGGCUAAACAAUAUGAAUAUGUUACACUUUAUACCUAAGUUACUAAGGUACAGUCAGUAUGGAAUAUGACAUUGGAUUCCCAUUUUGACUUCCAACAUUUCAAUGUGGAAUCUAUCACAGGAUGGCAGAAUUGGCAUUUGUCCUGUGGUGAUUUAUGAUGUGCCAAGGGAAAAAAUACAUGUCAGAAUUCACUUGCAUUGAAAUAAUGAACUAACGUUGGCUUUAGCUGCCAAUUUCCAUAUUAUGACAGAAACCAAGCCAAAAGACCAGUAGUUGCUUCCUUGUUUUAAAAUGUUUUGAGAUAGCAUUCUUGUUUAUAAUUUAAGAUUUUGUACAGAAUUUUUAAAAAAGAUAUAAGGGCUUGAUCAUUCAUGCAAAAUGUCAGUUUUCACUAUAGAAGAAAUCUAAAUUAAACCUCCCUAUUUGUGUUUGGCCUUUUCAUAAAAUCUGGUCAUAAAACAGUUUACCGUAGUUUUACUUUGAGGUAUUACAUAAUGUAUUCUUCCAGUCCAGUCCAUUUCCAUGAUGAACAAUUUUUGAGUUUAAGAAAAUUCAUAAUUUUUGGAUUUUUGUUAACUAAGGCAAAAACAGUAAUGUUUGAUAUGUUACUGAGUUUUCUUUAAU